GGAAAAUUCUUCUAUUCAAUAUCAAGAACAGAAUUACAAUAGGAGGAGCAAACUCUCACACUCAACUAUUACAAAAAACCAAUCCUCACCAAUACACUUCUACUCUAAGUGUAUUUCACUCUUCACACACUUUUCUCACUUUCUAAACUGAUACUAUGAACAACAAUAGAACACUCUAUUUAUAGGGCUGGUUUGGAGACAUGAGGAAGUUGCAUCCAAGCUUCCUAGUUAUCUCCAUAUCUUCUCCCACACCUAUUUGUUGGAGACCUCCUUCCAAGAAGGUGUGAGAUGCCUCUUGGCAACUUCCAAGAAAGAAGGUGGAAGAUACCUACAAAUCUCCCCCUCCACCUUUUUCUUUAUUUCUCUCGUUCCUGCAAUGCUCGCAGGCUCCCCCUCGCUAACAAGUAUCCAUUCGGAUGUGGAAUACUUUCUCUGUGGAACUAUGCCUCGCAUAGAACGUCGAACAUGAAUACCUUCAGCUUCGUCUUCAGAUGAAGGCUCCCCCUGCUGAGGAAUAUCAUCACUGUGAGUAUCAUCAUCACCUACUGAACCAUCACUCUCUUGUUCAGUAGUAUCAUGCAUCUCCUCGUCGCUGAGAGGAAUGUUUGAUGAUACAGGCACUUCGUCUUCUGGAGUAUGUUGUUGGCGGAUUAUUGGAACACACCCAUGAAACUCGUUUUCAUGAAAUACAACAUCUUUGCUUCGUACAACUUUCUUCACUUCGGGAUCCCACAACCGGUAUCCGAAUUCUUCAUCACCAUACCCGAUGAAGAUGCAUGGGUUUGACUUGAGAUCCAGCUUCUGUCUCAACUCCUUGGACACAUGUGCAAAUGCCUUGCACCCGAACACUUUUAAGUGAGAGUAAGAAACAUCUCUUCUUGACCAUUUCUUCUCUGGCACUUCAAAGUUUAAAGGAACAGAAGGUGACCUGUUUAUAAGAUAACAAGCUGUCAGCAAAGCUUCACCCCAGAAUGGCUUAGGUAGUUUAGCCAUACUCAGCAUGCAGCGAACUUUCUCCAUAAUGGUCCGAUUCAUUCUUUCGGCUACACCAUUGUGCUGUGGAGUUCGUGGAACCGUCUUCUCAUGUCUGAUUCCAUAUGCCGCGCAAUAUGCUGAGAACUCCCGAGAAGUGUACUCUCCUCCAUUGUCUGAACGCAGGCACUUCAGCUUCUUCCCUGUUUCUCUUUCUACCAUGGCAUGAAAUAAUUUAAAGCGAUCAAACACUUGAUCCUUACUCUUCAAACAAUAAGCCCAUACCUUUCGUGAUGCAUCAUCAAUGAAUGUCACGAAAUAUCUGCUUCCUCCAAGUGACUCCUCUUCAAUGGGUCCGCAUACAUCAGAGUGUACAAGACUGAGUAACUCUGAAUGGUUCUUCCUGGUAGAACUGAAGGAAACCUUAUGUUGUUUCCCGAAUAGACAGUGCUCGCAUGGAUCUAGGGCAACACCUUUGCCCAUGGAAAUGACUUCCUUCUUUGCAAGAGUUGUCAAUCCCUUCACGCUCAAGUGGCCUAGCCUUCGGUGCCACAAGGUUGGUGAUAUCUCUUCUUCAACAGCAUUAAGACUUGGAUGACACAACUUUGCAUGAGUUUUAUAAAGAGUACCACAAAUAUGGCCUCUUGCAACAACCAAGGAACCUUUAGAUAACUUCCACGUACCUUCUUUGAAUCGGUUAAGAUAUCCUUGCUGAUCCAGAGCUGUACCAGAGAUAAGAUUCAAUCUAAGAUCCGGAACAUGUCGAACAUCUUUCAACACAAGUGCGCAUCCGACAUUGGUUGUUAUGUGCACAUCACCAAUGCCAACAAUCUUCGAGAAACUGGUGUUUCCCAUCUUCACAGCUCCAAAGUCCCCGGACUUAUAAGAUGUGAAUAAAUUCUGGUGUGGAGUGGCGUGAAAUGAUGCAGCUGUAUCAAUCACCCACUCAUCAUCAUGAGUACCUACGUGUAAACAUUCUUGUUCACCAUGUGUAACAAGACACACGUCUGAUGACAAACUAACCAUGGUCUCACCAUCAUCUUGGCUAGUAUUUUGACUCGUCUGUGGCUGCUCUCGUAGAAACUUUCUACAAUCUCUUUUUCUGUGCCCAUAAUUACUACAGUAAUUGCAAUAUCCUUCAAACCAAGUACUGUUUUCAAAGGACAUACCUCUCUCUUGUGAUCUGCCGCGAACUUGAGAAUUUCCUCUGUUUUGACCUUGGCCUCUACCUCGACCUCGAGUUCUUCCUCCAUUUCUGCCUCCCCCUCGUCUGCUGGUUUCUGACACGAAGGCAUAUGAUUGUUCAGUCCCGGCUUCUUUUCUUCGGGCUUCUUCGUUCAUAAGGGCAUCUGUGACCAUCUGCAUAGUCACUUUGCCAUUGGGAGCAGAAUUGCUGAGAGUGACAACAAGAGUCUCCCAGCUGUCAGGUAGAGAGCUCAAGAGUAGUAUCGCCUGUUCUUCAUCUUUGAGAACCCAUCCGGUGGUGCUCAACUGAUUCACAAGAUCCUGGAAUUGACUGGUGUGUUCUGACACCGAAAUACCUCCUCGUAAUUUGUGGUUUACUAAUCGCCUCAUUAGUAAAGUCUUAUUUCGUGCGGUUUUUGCUUGAUACAUGCUACCAAGCUUCUCCCAUAGUGUGUAAGCACUUUGUUCUUGCGCAACAUGGUGGAACACACUAUGAUCAAUCCACUGUCGAAUUUGUGCGACAGUUUUUCUAUUCAUUUUUGUCCAUUCUUCAUCCGUCUUUUUAUCCGGUUUCACGCCAUUAUUAUCAAGAGGAUCAGCUAAAUCCCUCAAAUUUAGCAAAUCCUCCAUCCGAGGCUUCCACAUAUUGUAAUUUGUGGAAGUGAGCGCAAUCAUGGUGUCCGAUGAUGAUUUAUCCAUAAUAAAACGCUCAAAAUAUCUCGUACCUUAUUUUCGGAGCCGAAUUUGGACAAACGGAGCUCACCGUUGGAUCCGGAAUGGCCGAAAAUGGUAGGAACCGGUCUGACCUUGUCCAAAACCGGUCCGAAAAUGGGUGAACCGGCCUCCACAAGUACGAACCGGUUCGGUCCGGUUCAGGCAGCAGCCCAGUGAGCAGACCAGCAGGCGGAUGACGUGGCAACAGCUGGCUCUGCGCUGGCGCUGACGUGGCGCCACGUGUCACUGACGUGGCGCUGACAUGUCGCUGACGUGGCACCUAGAGAUGGCUUGCACGGAUGACGUGGCGGAUGGCGUGGCGCUUACGUGGACUGACGUGGCGGCUGACGUGGCGGCUGACGUGGCUCGUCUUCUUCCUCUGGACUGCGUGAUGACGCAAUGAUGACGCAGGCAGUUUUCCGGCGCGUUUGGACGGCGCGUACGGCCUCUUCCGGUGGCCAAAAAAUUCCCAAAAAAUACCAGAUUUCUCGUCUCGACGAGACGAAUCUAACGGUAUGAUCAGAUCGUGAUUCCGAGCAACUUGAAAAAUCACGAUUUUCUAACCUGUAGAAAUUUAUCUGAAAAUAAGAAAACAGUGUAUGAAAACUCAACCUCGCUCUGAUACCACUUGUUGGGAUUGGAAAAUUCUUCUAUUCAAUAUCAAGAACAGAAUUACAAUAGGAGGAGCAAACUCUCACACUCAACUAUUACAAAAAACCAAUCCUCACCAAUACACUUCUACUCUAAGUGUAUUUCACUCUUCACACACUUUUCUCACUUUCUAAACUGAUACUAUGAACAACAAUAGAACACUCUAUUUAUAGGGCUGGUUUGGAGACAUGAGGAAGUUGCAUCCAAGCUUCCUAGUUAUCUCCAUAUCUUCUCCCACACCUAUUUGUUGGAGACCUCCUUCCAAGAAGGUGUGAGAUGCCUCUUGGCAACUUCCAAGAAAGAAGGAAGCGGGUUCAAGUCACUUAAACCAUUCCGGUCGGGGUAUUUUGGAGCAUCCAUUAAGCUUCAAUCUGGUUACACUGCAGGAACCAACACAGCCUUCUACCUGUCAAAUGCUGAAGUUCACCCUGGGUUCCAUGAUGAAGUGGACAUGGAGUUUCUUGGAACCACAUUUGGGAAGCCAUAUACAUUGCAGACCAAUGUGUAUGUGAGAGGAAGUGGGGAUGGAAAUAGUAUUGUGGGCAGAGAGAUGAAGUACCAUUUGUGGUUUGACCCUACAGCCGAUUAUCAUCACUAUGCUAUCUUUUGGAGUCCUAGAGAGAUCAUUUUUCUUGUUGAUGAUGUGCCAAUAAGGAGAUACCGUAUGAAGAGUAUUGCCACAUUUCCACGAAGGCCGAUGUGGAUAUAUGGAUCCAUUUGGGAUGCAUCACCAUGGGCAACUGAAGAUGGAAAAUACAAGAUAGAUUAUCGGUAUCAACCGUUUGUCGGGAAAUUCAAGAAUUUCAAAGUGAGGGGGUGCACCGCCUAUGCACCGCGGUGGUGCCGGCCUGUGUCUGCCUCACCAUACCCCUCAGGCGGCCUUACAAGGCACCAAGGCAGGGCAUUGAAGUGGGUUAAGAGUCACUACUUGGUGUAUGACUAUUGUAGUGACCACAAGAGAGAUCAUUCUCAAACUCCGGAAUGCUGGCUUUAAACAUAAAUUAGUUUAUUUGUUGCAUUUAUCACUCAAUAUAUAUAUGUUUCAUUUGUUGAGAGUCAAAGAAUUAUGAUAAUACUAUGUACAUAAUAAGGAAAUGAAAGUAAAAAAGUCAAGUGGCACUCGGCCCCCUUUUUACUUCAAUUCAAUCACCCGUGCAUUGCACGGGAUGAAAACUGCAUAUGGUAUAAAUGCUAACAUUUAAACGUAAUUAUAUAUCAUAUUAUUGUUUUAUCACGC